CUGUGUCUUUAAAUUCAACUUGAGCGCUCUCGGUCAACAGUCCUGUGGACUAGUAUUCUUUCUCUCUGCGUUCUCUCUCCACAAGACUUAUUUAAACAAGGUUGGAGAGAUUUUUCUUCGGAGAGACUCCGACGUUCAACGAGGACUCGGUUUCCUAACGGUAGGCUAAAUUGUCACACUGUUAAUCACUCCCUCAAAAACAGAACUUCCCAGAAGUCUUGAGACGGCUUCCGCACUGAGCGCCAUACUCCUGGAUUGGAGAGGGAGCAGGCAGGACGAAAUUCAACUUGAAGCGGACAGCAGCAUCCUGACUGGCAUUCUGGAGGAAGCUUGCCGUAGGUACAACGUCGCCUGAAAGGAUUUUAACUCACUUCGGCGGUGUGACUAUCACGGGAUAACCUUCAAUCCGGCGUCGCAGUGGAAAGCUCCUGGUUUAACCAACGGGACCACUGCCUCCCGCUCGUUUAAUUUGACAUAUUUUAACUUCGGUACUUUAGCGAGGUAUUGAAUCUGAUCUCUCAACAAAACUUUGUUAAAAAACUUUUUCAGUUCUUUCGGCUUCGCCUGUCUUCACUUCUAUUGCAAGAAAAGUUUUAAACCUUCCUUCUUCGUUUUAUUAUUCUGGAUUUAUCCCUGGAAUCGUGCAGCUGCUCUACCGCUCAUAAAACUGUUCGCAGGUUAUGCAUUAAGUAACAGUCUGGUUGUAACUCAAAGCGCGUUUUUAAUUGGUGUAAAUGACAAUCUCGUAAAUUUUCUUAAGUGGACAAUCUGGUGUUGUAGUGUUCUUUAUUUUGUAUUUUCAUCAUGGAUAAGUAUGAUGAUCUGGGGCUUGAAGCAAGCAAAUUUAUUGAAGACCUCAACAUGUAUGAGGCGUCAAAGGACGGGUUGUUCCGAAUGAAGAGAGAUUCCAGCAACAAUCCGGACUUCGAAGAAACCAGGAGAGUGUUCGCCACUAAAAUGAAUAAAAUACACAUACAGAAGCAACAGGAGGAAUUGGCCCGAAACAAUUUGACAGUACGAAUGAACGGGGGGCACGUUAGAGCGCCAGACAACAUGUUUUAUACCAAAGACCGCCCGCCCAUCAACAGUUACCGACAGGCAGGAGAGGCGGCAGCCAAGCCUCCCAUUCUGUCCGGACCUGUAGCGGCAGCUCCGGUCGGGGGAAGUCCGUAUGAGUUCUACGAAGCCCAGAAGCACCAACCGAUCCCUCAGCACGAUGUCGCCAGCAGCAGAGCAUAUGGCCAUGGAAAUAAUUACGAUAACAAGGAGCCACAUUCUUACCCAUACCAUACCCCAGCUGCAGUCAGCCCGGGUACGGCUUCUGCCCCCACACACACCAGCCAGCCCCCCAGUCCGGCGGGAUCUUGGGGUUCCUCUCGGGGGUCUCAUAGUCCUGGGGCGACCCCCGUGUUCAACCAGCCCCAGCCGCCUCAGCGACAGGCCUCGUCCCCCACCUUCUCCUACAGCCUGCCCUCCGCAGGCUCCCCCAGUGUGGGCCUGAACCGGGCCGGCACGCCCCCAGGCCGCCAGGGUUCACCCUCCUUCUUCCCGCAGGUCAACCAGGAUUGGUCCAGAACCACUGGGUCAGGCAGGCCCGACGUGACCCAGCACUCCCCCACUGGAUCCCUCCGCAGAGAGACCGAGGUAUAUGCCCAGCCCUCUCAGAGUGCCCCUGCCUCACAUGCUCACCCUGGUGCUGCCCCGCGACCUGCCCAGGCAGACCCCCGAUCCAACGGGCUCCACCGCCCGCUCUCCGGGUCAUCCCCACUGGGCCUGGCAGCAGUCGACUCGUCCGCAGCCGCGCUCGAGCCGACCCAGCCCUACCCCUCCGGUGCCGCUGGGGGAUCUCCAGGCUCCGGCCAUGGGAAAGGUCCUGCUGAGCAGGGAGCCAAACUGGGGCUCCAGCCCCCGGGAGCAGAGGGCCAGGGGUGCGCGGGCGAGUCUGCCCAGCCCGAGGCCCCCAGCCCACCCAGAGCAGCAGGAGCAGUGCCCCUGCCCUGCCAGACUCUCCAUAAACAGCCCGAGCAGAGGCCCUCUGUGGCUGAAAUAAAAUUAGAAGCGCUCACCGAACGCCUGGAAAAGGAGAUGGACGCCCAGCACAAAGCCGACUACUUCGGUAACUGUGUAAAGUGCAGUAAGGCAGUGUAUGGAGCGAGCCAAGCGUGCCAGGCUAUGGGGAGCCUCUACCAUGACAGCUGCUUCACCUGUAGUGCCUGCAGUCGUAAGCUAAGGGGAAAGGCCUUCUACUUCGUCUGUGGGAAAGUGUUCUGUGAAGAGGACUUCCUGUACUCAGGUUUCCAGCAGUCUGCAGACAAGUGUAAUGCCUGUGGCCAUCUCAUCAUGGAUAUGAUCCUGCAGGCCCUGGGUAAGUCUUACCAUCCCGGCUGCUUCCGCUGCGUCAUCUGCAACGAGAGUCUGGAUGGAGUCCCCUUCACCGUGGACACAGAGAACAAGAUCUACUGCGUCAAAGACUACCACAGGGUCCUGGCUCCCAAAUGUGCUGCCUGCGGUCAGCCCAUACUGCCCUCGGAGGGAUCGGACGAGACCAUUCGGGUGGUUUCUAUGGACAAAGACUAUCACGUGGAGUGCUACCACUGCGAGGACUGCCAGAUGGAGCUGAAUGACGAGGAGGGGCAUCGCUGCUACCCUCUGGACGGGCACCUCCUGUGCCACUCUUGCCACCUCAAACACAUUGAGCCCAGCGCCGCCUCCCCCACCCCUGCCUCUUACCAGCAUCAGUUCUAGACAGCUGGCACCACCUGGUGGAGGCCAGAGGAACUGCACACACCAAAGUCAGAUGCCCAAAUGCCUUCCAGCCCUCCACCAUUGAAACCAGAUCAAUCACAGAGACUGUCUUGCACAGAUCGUAUGCCUUUCAGAGAAAAUCUUAUGGUUGUGUUGCAUUGCUUUCAGCUUUGUUUUAAGUUAAAUGUUUUUUUUUCCCCUUUAUUAUGAGUUUCUUUCUAAUCCAGACGAACACACAUUUCAGGAGACUAUAUACUCUUCCAAACCUGUUUUUAAAGUCGCAGUAUUGAAAUAUAACCCCUGAUUGCUUCCAGUGUGUAAAUACUUUUUCUUUUUACUCUUAAAAACAGUUUUCUGAGUGAUACAUAUAUAGAUAUAUAUAAACAGUUAACAAUCUCAAAAACAAUUCAAGAUUUUUUUUCUCUCCAUAGGGCAGCCAGGUUUUUCAUGUAUGUGUCAGACAGAAAGAUGCCAGCAAAGAAACAUUUAAUUUGCUUUGGUGUUUGUCAGAAUUUCAGUGUAUUUUAAGGUAUGUUAUUUAUCCUUAUACAAAGAACAAGAGCAGAAUAUGAAGAAAAUGCUGACUCCUAAUCAAAUAUGACGAGCUGCAAAGAUGUUUUUGUUUGUUUGUUUUUUUUUGCUUUUAUUUGUUUUGGGUCAUCACUAGAACAGAAUUUGUAUUUGAUGACAGAUUAUUCCUAAUUUCACUUUACAGAAGUGCUUUUUAAUGUGUAUGAUGGCACCAUUCUGGGCUGUCAUGACGUACAGUAUCACAGCAAUAAGCUUCCAACCUAGAGAGUGACUGUGAAUGCACAGGUAAACAAGUACAACACAAAGGCCUCAACAGUGAUGCGCUUUACCAGGUUUUGAAACCCAAUAGUGAUGCGCUUUACCAGGUGUUGAAACCAAACAGUGAAUUCUUCAUGUCUCUUCUCUUGAGAUGUAUGCUUUUGUCUACAAUCGAGUGACUGACAAGACAAACUCCUUGUUUAAAAUAAUAAAUUUACUCAAUGAUGUAAAUCUCA